AUAAUCCUAACAACACAAUGGGGAUUAGCUCCCCCGGCUCUGCUCUGAGGGUGUGUGAAGGCCGGGUGGGCUCUCUGACUGUCGACGGGAGGAAUUUUCUCCCACCAAAGGUCCGAGCAGGGAACGCUAUCGGGGAUGACCGAGGAGAGGACGACAGCAGCCACCCAUCCCCUCCUCCUCAGCCCACAUGACUGGGAUUAGAGCGGAGGAGGAGCGAGAGAUGGGGAGCACCACAAAUUACUUUUUGGGGAUCUCGGUGAGCAGAUCGCAUCCCAGAACCUGACUUGUCUUUGACUGAUGACUGAGGGUCAACCACUUUUCCCUGCAAUUCUAGUGUGCGCUUUAUACUCAGUUGCAGGUAUGAGGUUGCUACACUGGUGCAUGCUGGGAGUGACCGUCCUGCUGCUGGUUUGCGAGGUGGUCAUCAGCAGGCUGUGCAACUCCCUUAUCACCUUAGUAGAUGGUUUCCACACGCUCUUCAUCCUCCUGCACGUGGCUCUUCCUCAUCCUCAAACUUCAAGCAUAAAAAACAACCCGCUCCCGUCUUUGGAUUCCUGCGCGUCUCCUCCACAUGCUUCCUCCUCCUCCUCCUCAGCAGCACCACCCCCCGGCCUCCCUGCUGAGUCAUCCAUCGAAUCUCCACCUCUGGACCGUGGAGUGUCCUUCAGCAGCAGCAGGAUUCAGCCUGUGGGGGCUUUCAUUUCUGCUCUCUUCCUGAUUUCUCUGUGUCUCUCUUACUUCCUGGAAAUCAUCAGUUUUUCCCUGGAGCCGCACCCAGUGCAGCGCCCCCUGCUGCCUGUGGUGGCCGGCGCUGUCAGUCUGCUCCAUAAAUCGCUGGUCCUCUGGUUGAACUGGGAUGGGCUGCAGAAUGAUGCCAGCAGGAGGCCGAAGAACGACGCUCACCUUGAAGGGAACCACAAAGUCUCGGCUGCAGAGGAGACCAGAGGCCGGGCUGGCCCGGGUCGAGUCCUGGAUGAGCGUGGCCAUGUCCAAUCGGCUGUGGACAACUGGCUCCAAAAUGGGGCGCUUGUCCUCAGCAAUCCGGGAACCUCCGGCGUCCCCGACACGGUCCACCAGCACGCAGCAGCUCUUCAGGGCCACAGGGACCGGGAGGCGGUCACUGCUACAGCGGAUUUGCAGGUUGGCGAGUGUGAAAAUCGUUCAGAAGACCCCACGGGGACUUCCAAGGACAACACCUGCAUGGGACUUCUUGACAGUCAAAAUGCAUCUAAUGACACAGUCUACAGCUCAUCCCAUCAUAUUGAGAGGAUUGUACCAAGCCGCCGGCGGAAAGCCAUUGUCCGGUCCUUUGUCCUCGUCGUGCAGGGCCUUUGUCCCGCUCUGCUGGCUCUGGUCAACAGCCUGGUGAUGCUGCUGAUCAGCCCACAGGUCCUUCACAGCUCGGGAGCCUGCGGCCUGCUGCUUUACCUGGAUCCUCUUCUGUCGCUGCUCGCUGUGAUGAUGCUGAUUGCCACCGCCGCACCACAGGUGCACAGGUAUGGACUUUUGCUGCUGGAGGCCACACCGCCGCACAUUUGCGCAUCCGAUCUUGGACGAAGAAUUACGAGUGUCCCUGGGGUGCAGGCCGUGCACAACCUGCACAUCUGGCAGUUGACUGAAUCGUUCUUCGUGGCCUCCGUCCACGUGCACUGCCAUGCUGGGUUUCCAGUGCAGAGGUGUGCUGACCUGAUGUCAGGGGUCACCAAGGUGAUGCAGAGCGUUGGAGUGAGCUGCUGCACCGUCCAGCCAGAGUUUGCCUCCUGCCCGGGGUCCUCUGCAGGCAGUGAGGGGGACGCCUCCCCCGUCAUCCACAGAGAGGACCCCUCCCUGCCGCCUCUUCUGACCUGCAGCCUCGCCUGUGGAAAGGCCUGCGCGGGGUUCAUGUGUUCUUCUCCCGUGGAGGAGGAGACCAGCCUGAUGGCACCACCAGCUGGGGAGACAAAGGAAGAGCCUCAGACACUGGUCAUCGAGAACACCUUCCUCUGACUGAACUACUCGUACUGGAGGGAAAUGAAUUAAUGUAACAGUAGAAGUAAAGGAUGAAGAGAUUUGAAAGUGUAGUCUCUACUGAACCACUGAUCAUACAUUACAUGUACAUGUUAUGCCUAUGUUAGUUUAAAAAGCAAGCAGAAUAACAAAUGCAUAAAUAUAUGUGAUUUAAUAAACUACUGUCGUAUGAUUUUAUACUUUUUAUACGAAAAAAACUGUGCACCCAGUGGUGGAAAGUAAAGUAUAUUUACUCAGAGUAACGUACUUGAUGAACUAGAGCUGUAUUUCAUUUUAUGCCACUUUUUAACUCUAAUACAUUUUAAAUGUAACAUUUUUGACUGCUUUACCAGCUACAUUAUCGAUUAAGAUUUCACAUGUAAAAGAAAAGGUGUAUAAUAUGCAACGAACAUUUAACUACAUAACAGUGUACAGAGGAAGUAGGACACAUUCGUAAGUUACAUAUUAAUACAUCCCGAGCAUUAGCUGUGUCUAAUCUGCACAAUAAAUACUCUCAGUAGUUUGAAUAAAUGUUUUUCUUGAACUACAACUUAUUAUUUUCACUUUUAAUAGAAUGCUUUUAUUUGUAUUAUUUAAAAACUCCUUCCAAAGAUAAUAUAAUUGAAACAAUGUGCACCUGAUGGAUUGAAUGUUGUAUAAAUUGAGUCUGUAGCAAUGUAAGCAGCAUGUACAGGUGUUACAGCGGCCGUUGCUCAUGUCAUCAAUUAAACCUAUUUCCAGCCAAUA